AUGGAGCAGGAAAUGAAUGCAAACUUUGUGAUUUCACCUUGCGUUUCUCCUGUGGCAAGUGGUGGUCGUUGUUCUGAUGAAAGAGUACUGAUGAACGGAGGCGGAGGUCCUGAUGAAGAAGUCCUGAAACUGCCCCGUGAAGCUUGUCAUGCUUUAUGGAGUUGGCAGGACAAGGAAGAACGUGAUACUUCCUAUAUCUGGCUUGUUGAUCCUAUACACUACAUUUUGCAGAGUAAUCUCAGGUAUGAGAUUUCAAAGAGAUUUAACAAUAAGUGGAUGGAGAGGGAGAAGGAUAUCUAUAUUGAUGGGUGGCAUCUACCCUCAAAUGACAUGGAGUAUGUUUUAGUUGAGAGAUUAGGCGUGACCUCUGCUAAUGAGGUGCCUUCUUAG